GAGAGAAACACGCUUCUGACGGAGAGUCAAACGAAGCUUUUUGAGCAGCAUAGGAAGCUUAAGGAGCAGGCAUCUAAAAAAGAUCCGUGCGAAAACUGACCACGCAAUGGCCGUUUGGAAGCAUCAUGAGCAAGCAACAGUGAAGCUUGAAGGUGCGCUAAAGGAUUCGAAGGAGCUCCGCCUUGCGGUGCAGAACUUUGACGAGGUAUCAAAGCAGAAGCAGGACCUGAUCACUGUCAAUAGUAAGUUACUGGCAGAUAAAGAGCUUUGUGAGCAGAACUUGAAAGCACUUGAGACGCAACUUCAAGAAGCCAAAUUACAGCAUUCGAAUGAGCAGGCAUCACUGGCAGCUGAAAUAGCCGAUUUACAUGCCGACGCCAAGCAGAAUCUCAAGAGCUACCAACUCCUCCAAAAUGAACUCAAUGAACGUCUGACUGAGCUACAAAGAGAGAAGCAUAACAGCGAAAAACUCCUCAAGAACCUUGAUGAACAGACUGCGAAAUGGGGUCAGCUCCUUGAGCUUGCUAAACAGAUCCCAAAGGACACUGCCGAGGUCCUCAACGGCGAGGAUGGCAAGCUUGCGACAAUUCUCAGCUCGAAGAACACAACCCAAGAGAAGAUUGAAGAGAUGACUUCCAUGAUCGAGGAGCUUGUGAACUGUGAACGAGAACUCCCUCCAACACUUGUGAAGCUGGUUGAGGACGUCGCUCUGAGGCUUGAAGGAGAGAAGCAGCUCUCAGAUGGGAAUGGCAAUAUCCUUAGAGACACCGCUGCUACUAUUUCCCAGGAAUUGCAGGAGGGUCUAAAUCAACUGAGACUUGAUAAAGAGGCCGAGAUCCGCCUCAAAAGCAAGAUUGCGGAGCUGGAACAAGUCCGAGAGAGCUUGAACGCUGACAAGAGUGCUCGAGAUACUGAGGUCGACAAUUUAUUACGACAGCUUAACGAAACAGAACGAGAACUUUCCAGCUGUCGUAGUGACUUGAGCAACAAGACUAACGAGUUAACUGUUGCCCUCAACGCUCCUCGAGACGAUCCAGUACUGCAAAGUAAGAUCUCUGAACUGGAGAAGAUCAACAAUCUACUCGACGACGAAACAAAGAAGAUGAGCCAAGAACUUUCAAAGGCCAAGGAAGAGUUAUCCUCCAUCCGAAAGACCGCUGCAAACAAAGAGGAAGAGAAGAAUGUGUUAGCUCAAACAUUGAUCAGCGCGCAACAAACCAUCAAGAAUUUCGAGCAAGAAAUGGCUAAAACUUUGGCUCUCAAGGACGAAGAACACAAGAAGAAGUAUCAGGAUCUCGCUAGGAACGGAGAAUCUCAAAAGGCGACCAUCAAGAUGAAACUUGAAGCUGAAGUCAAGACUCUUGAAUCUCGAGUGACUGAGAGGAACACCGAGAUCGAUUCUCUGAAGGAACAGCUUCAACGUCUUCCGUCGGAGGCAAAUCAGCGUACCGCAGAUUUAGAGGCUGAAGUAGCUUCAUACAAAGAACAGAUCCUGCAGCUCAUUCCUCAAUUAAAGCGUCUAGAGCAAGAUAAGCCGAGCAAUUGGGACUCUGUCGGGUUCUCGGGCGAAUUGAGAUCGGCUCAGAAUGAGCUUGCAGACCUUCGUCUCCUGUUUCAAUCUGCCACCACUGAGACGACAAGAAUUUUGGAAGUCGCGACUAAGGAGCAGAGAGCCAUCGAAGAUGCCUUGCGCAGAUUCGAUGAGUCGCAGAAGAAGAUAUCAGCAGGAGCAGCUUCGCAGUCGUUAGAACAGCCCAACUUAAAUGCUCGUGAUGGAAUAUCACGCUCUGACAGACGCCUGGACUCAUCUUCGAUCAUGCUAAGUUCAAGCAGAAUCUCAGGUCCAAAGCACACGAAAUUCGCCUCGACCGAAGACGACGCGGGAGAGAAGUUUUGGACUCCAACUUUACUCCCUAGAGGACCAGUGGAGCGACUUGGUGGAGCCUCAAUACAUUCCGUACAACAACAGAACCAUGCACUCGAUUCGCAUGCUCUUCGAGUUGCCCCUCGUAAGAACAACUGGAUUGAGAGUUCAACACGCUUCGCAAACAAGCCAGACAUUAACACUCUGCAACCUCCUGGCAAGAAUCACGAUUCUGAUAUGCUUCAAGUCACUGCAGACAGGACUCCGAUUAGCUAUGAGAGUAGCCCCUUAUCAGAUCUAAGUUCUAUGUUUGAUGAUUUUGGAUCUACAAACGAUCAAGUCGAGGUACACAAGGAAUAUGAGACAAGAAGCAAGAGAGAUAACGGCCUCGCUGCUCCCCGAUCAGCAUUUGCACAACAGACAGUUCUAGACCUUACUCAGCAAAGUAGUUCUAUCGGCGAGAUUCAGGGCAGUAAUCAUCAACCAACUCAUUCAGUCAUGGCCAAGGCCAAUGCUCUUUCCCAUGCUGAAGAGUCCCAUCGGCGACGCAACGCACAAUUACCAAAGUCCGCGUUGAAGAAGCCGAUCAGAAGUAGCGAUAUACUUCCCCAGCCGAGUAUGGCUAGCGAAGGACGAGGCGACAGUGCUCGAGAAACUGGCUUCAGAAAUAACAAGACCAUGGGACCGCCACAACGUACUGAUCGUCCUCUCGUUAACUUCAAGGGGGUCGUAUCUGGCAAUUCUGCGCGCUCAAUGACCUCAGUUGGCCGAGAAUCAUCCUCUGCUCUCACAUAUGGCACUUCUGAUGCUAGUCACUUUUUCGACCUCCAACAUUCUCCACCAAUGGAUGCGCCGAAGAGAAAUAGAAGCAAGAGACUAGCCUCCGCCCGUCUUGAGUCUGACAAGACAAAGGUGUCGAGGAUCAGUUUCCCAAGCAGAUUGUCGUCGCAAAGUGUCAUUGCAGAUUCCCAGGCCGACUCUCAAGAUAGUGAAUACAAUUAGAGCGUCUCCAUACAUUCAAUGCCACUUUACAGCGACAGUUUGAAUGUCAUUGUUCCUAGAGACACUCUCAAACCGACCAAAAGCAUUGCUAAGAGGGCCAAUUGCUAGCAUACGGAUGUGCAAGGCAA